AUGGAGCCACCGCCGCCCCCGCCCGGCGCCCCCAGCGCCGCCGAGCCCGCCGGCUGCCCCAAGGACACCGACCGCCAGCUGCGCCUCCGCCUCUGCGUCCUCAACGAGAUCCUCAGCACCGAGCGCGACUACGUGGGGACCCUCCGCUUCCUGCAGUCGGCAUUUCUUCACCGGAUCCGACAGAAUGCAGUGGACAAAGCUGAGAAGUACAUAACAGAGGAGAAUGUUAAGAUCUUAUUUUCUAACAUUGAAGAAAUUCUUGGUGUUCACAAGGAGUUCCUGGCUGCUCUGGAAUUUUGUUUGCAACCAGAACCCCAGUCUCAGCAUGAACUGGGAAGUGUUUUCUUAAAAUUUAAAGACAAAUUCUUUGUGUAUGAGGAGUACUGUAGCAACCAUGAGAAGGCACUCAGACUGCUGAUGGAAUUGAACAAGAUCCCCACAGUGAGAACAUUCCUUCUGGGUUGCAUGCUCUUGGGAGGCAGAAAGACAACAGACAUUCCACUAGAGGGUUAUCUGCUGACUCCAAUUCAGAGAAUUUGCAAAUAUCCUCUUCUGCUCAAGGAAUUAGCUAAGAGGACUCCCUCCAAGCAUCCUGAUCACCCAGCUGUCCAGAAUGCACUGCAGGCAAUGAAGACAGUCUGUACAAAUAUCAACGAGACCAAGAGACAGAUGGAGAAACUGGAAGCCCUUGAACAGUUGCAGUCCCACAUCGAAGGAUGGGAGGGGUCAAAUCUGACAGAUAUUUGCACACAGCUCUUGCUGCAAGGGACUUUGUUAAAAAUCUCAGCAGGAAACAUCCAGGAGAGAAUGUUCUUUCUAUUUGAUAAUCUCCUGGUCUAUUGCAAGAGGAAAUCAAGAGUUACUGGGAAAAAAGCAUCUAAAAGGACAAAGUCAAUCAACGGGUCCCUUUAUAUCUUCAGGGGCCGAAUAAAUACAGAAGUCAUGGAAGUAGAGAAUGUGGAAGAUGGAACAGCAGAUUACCACAGCAAUGGCUACACGGUGACAAAUGGCUGGAAGAUUCACAACACAGCCAAAAACAAGUGGUUUGUCUGUAUGGCCAAGACUGCCGAGGAUAAACAGAAGUGGCUGGAUGCUAUAAUCAAGGAAAGGGAGCAGAGAGAGAGUUUGAAACUGGGAAUGGAGAGGGAUGCAUAUGUCAUGAUUGCAGAGAAAGGAGAGAAGCUGUACCAAAUGAUGAUGAGCAAGAAAGUGAACCUUAUCAAAGAUAGGAGAAGAAAAUUAAGUACUGUUCCCAAGUGCUUUCUUGGCAACGAGUUUGUAUCCUGGCUCACUGAAAUUGGAGAGAUAAGCAAACCAGAGGAAGGGGUCAACCUGGGACAGGCACUCUUGGAAAAUGGAAUCAUUCAUCAUGUUUCAGAUAAGCACCAGUUUAAGAAUGAACAGGUGAUGUACAGAUUUCGCUAUGACGAUGGAACAUACAAGCCAAGAAGUGAAUUGGAAGACAUCGUGUCCAAGGGAGUGAGGCUGUACUGCCGACUGCACUGCCUGUAUACUCCAGUGGUCAAAGACCGUGACUACCACCUAAAGACAUACAAAUCAGUAGUCCCUGCAAGUAAAUUAGUGGACUGGCUUAUUGCACAGGGAGACUGUCAGACUCGGGAGGAAGCUGUCGCACUGGGUGUUGGACUCUGCAAUAACGGCUUCAUGCAUCAUGUCCUGGAGAAAAGUGAAUUUAAGGAUGAAUCCUUAUAUUUCCGCUUUUAUGCUGAUGAGGAGAUGGAGGGCACCAGUUCCAAGAGCAAACAAUUGCGUAAUGACUUCAAGCUUGUGGAAAACAUCCUGGGAAAGAAUCUUCUGAUUUUACCAGAAGAAGAUGACUAUGGAUUUGACAUAGAAGAAAAGAACAAAGCAAUUGUGGUGAAGUCAGUUCGACGAGAGUCUUCUGCCGAGAUGGCUGGCCUGCAAGCAGGAAGAAAGAUAUAUUCCAUCAAUGAGGAUUUAGUAUUCCUACGCCCAUUUGCUGAAGUGGAAACAAUCUUAUCCCAGUCCUUCUGCUCACGAAGGCCACUUAGGCUUCUGGUAGCCACCAAAGCAAAGGAGAUUAUUAAAAUCCCAGAUUGUCCUGGAGCGCUUUGCUUUCAGAUCCGGGGAGCAGCACCACCAUACGUUCACGCAGUAGGGAAAGGUUCUGAGGCUGCAGCCGUAGGCCUUCAUCCAGGGCAGUGUAUUUUGAAAGUUAAUGGGAAUAAUGCAACACAUGGAAAUUACAAGGAAGUUCUGGAGCACUUCACAGCCUAUAGGAUCAGGCAGCAGGAAGCACUGGGGUUGUACCAGUGGGUGUACAGAACACAUGAAGAUGCUGAAGAGGACAGAGUUCAGCAAGCAGCAUCCCCUGCAUGUUUGGGCAGUUGCCUGGGCUCCAGCAGAGACAACUCUGCACUAGAAGGACAUGCAGAACUGGAACCCCUUCAAAGCAGCCAACAGGAAUCAGCCCAGACACCACAGACUGUAAUUUCUCCACUGGUCAUUGGUGAAGAAACCCCGCUCAUCAGCCUCACUGUGGAUAACACCCACCUGGAGCACGGGGUGGUAUAUGAAUAUGUUAGCAGUGCAGGAAUCAAAUCCUUUGUCCUGGAGAAAAUUGUGGAACCAAAAGGUUGCUUCAUUCUCACUGCGAAGAUUUUAGAGGCCUUUGCCGCAGAGGACAGUCAUUUCGUAAGGAACUGCGAAAGGCUCAUAUCCCUAAGCAGUGCUGUGGCCACCAUGCCCCAGUAUGAAUUCCGGCAAAUCUGUGACACUAAGCUGGAAAGCAUUAGCAGGAGGCUCACAAGCUACCAAGAGUUUGCAGAUGAAUUGAAAACAAAGGUGAGCCCAGCCUUCAAACAAGCUGUUAUGGAACCUCAUUCCCUCAACAGCCUGGAUUUCUGCCCCACCAACUGCCAUAUUAACCUCAUGGAGGUAUCAUACCCCAAAAGCACUACCUCAGCAGGGAGAUCAUUCAGUAUUCGCAUUGGACGGAAACCUUCUAUUAUUGGUCUUGAUCCAGAGCAAGUAGGUACCUUAAAUCCAGUCUCAUAUACUCAGCAUUGCAUCACCACUAUGGCUGCACCAUCUUGGAGAUGUCCAGCCCCAGAAGAUGGAGAUCUUGAUGGUAGCUUUGGCCAGCAGAAUGGAGGAACAAUUUGGGAAGAAAGGGGACUCAGUUUUCUGCUGAAACAGGAAGAUUGGGAGAUGCAGGACUCCUACUUGCAUCUUUUUAACAAACUAGACAUUGCAAUGAAGGAAAUGAAGCAGUAUGUCAUUCAGAUAAAUAAACUUUUGUCCACCAUAACAGAACCUACAGAAGGUGGUGCCUGUGAGCCACCAUCUACUGAGGACACAUCCUCACCUUCCCUGGGAACAGAAGAAAGUGAUCCUGACAAAGCUGAGCAUGGUGGAAUCAAGAAAGUCUGUUUCAAAGUUUCUGAGGAGGACCAGGAAGACUCUGGACAUGACACAAUGAGUUUCAGAGACUCCUACAGUGAGUGUAACAGUAACCGGGACUCUGUGUUGUCCUACACCAGCGUGCGGAGCAACAGCUCUUACCUGGGCAGUGAUGAGAUGGGAUCAGGAGAUGAGCUUCCCAAUGAUAUGAGAAUACCUUUAGACAAGCAAGACAAACUUCAUGGCUGUCUGGAACACCUUUUUAACCAGGUUGAUGCAAUCAAUGCACUUCUGAAAGGACCAGGAAUAAAUAAGGCCUUUGAGGAAACCAAGCACUUUCCCAUGGACCACAGUUUGCAAGAAUUUAAACAGAAGGAAGAAACCACAGUUAGGUGCCGGAAUAAUAUUCAAGCCAGCAUUCAGGAAGAUCCAUGGAACCUUCCACUGCGCAUCAAGAACCUUGUUGACAUCAUACAGAAACAUGUGGAAGAUGGGAAGAAUCAGCUUCUUUUGGCCUUGUUAAAAUGCACAGAUACUGAGCUACAACUGAGACAUGAUUCCAUCUUCUGUCAGUCUCUUGUGGCUGCUGUUUGCACCUUUUCGGAGCAGUUACUGGCUGCUCUCAACUAUCGUUACAACAACAAUGGGGAGUAUGAAGAGAGCAGCAGAGAUGCUAGCAGAAAAUGGCUGGAACAGAUAGCAGCCACUGGAGUUUUACUGAACUACCAGUCUCUUCUCUCCCCCACUGUGAAGGAGGAGCGCACCAUGCUGGAAGACAUCCAGGUUACUCUGGCUGAACUAGACAAAGUUGCCUUUUUUUUCAAGCAGCUGGAUGAAAGUCUUGUAGCAAAUACUCAUGUCGUCUACCACAUCGAAGGAAGUCGUCAGGCCUUGAAGGUUAUCUUUUAUCUUGACAGCUACUACUUCUCCAAACUGCCUGCUCGGUUUCAGAAUGGGGGAACCUUGAAACUGCACACAGUGCUCUUUACAAAAGCUCUGGAGAGUACAGAGGGGCAAUCACAACCAGCUGGUUCAUCUCUAGAAGAACUCCCACAGCAAAUUAAUGGUGUUUCACUCGAAAAAGUGCAGCAAUACUACCGUAAACUCAGGACAUUUUACCUAGAAAGAUCCAACUUGCCCACUGAUUCCAGUACUACUGCAGUGAAGAUUGACCAGCUUAUUCGCCCUAUCAAUGCAAUGGAUGAGCUUUGCAGGCUGCUGAAGUCUUUCAUUAGUACAAAGCCAAUGCAGUCAGGAUGUUCCAGCAAUGCCUCAUCAGGAGCUGGCCUGCUUCCCAUAUCCUCUGAGCUCUGUUACCGGCUGGGAGCCUGUCAGAUCACCAUGUGUGCCACUGGGAUGCAGAGGAGUACGCUGAGCGUGUCCCUGGAGCAAGCAGCCAUACUGGCCCGCAGCCAUGGACUCCUGCCCAAGUGUAUCAUGCAAGCUACAGACAUCAUGCGAAAGCAGGGACCAAGGGUUGAAAUCUCUGCCAAGAAUCUGAAAGUGAUGGACCAAAUGCCACAGCAUGCACCUCGACUCUAUAGGUUGUGCCAGCCACCUACAGAAGGGGAUUUGUAGGAGUAAGAGGCACCUCCUGGCAGCCCCACGAGAGCGCUGGGCUCUGAGGAGCCCUGACCGAAGACCCUGCAAACCGACCCCGAUGGUGCUGCUGUGCUCUGGAGGAGAGGGACCUGCUGGCCCAGGCGUCAGCAAUCUGCCUCUGAACUCCUGGAGCCCAUGCAGGAUCCAUGCAUUUCUUUGACUUCAAAUUCUUGAAACAAACACACCAGACAAGAAUGGAUGCUGCUGCCAUUCAGAUGCCUGGAAAAUGACCAUUAUGCUUCAAGAAAGCACAGUUCUCUUGGUGACUUGUUUGUGCAACCACCAGAAAGUUGUGGACUUCAAGAUACGGCUUGGUUCAGAAAAUCCUGCUGGACACCUCCUCUCUCUCCCUGUACUGCCCCUGGCCCCCCUUUAACUGCCAGCAGGUUUUGGUCAAUGCCCUUUAGUGGUAGUUUCAUAAACCCCACUUUUUCAUCAUCUGACCUGCACUUGAGCAAAGAAUAGCACAAUCUAUGGUUUAAUCAAAUAGGAACAUAAAGAAUUUCUUCUGGAGUAAUUUUCCACUUCAGCCCAGUGAGAUAAUCUCUCUAUGCUGCAGAGUAUACAUUCCGUAAUACUUCUUAUCAUUACUUCAUUUUACUUACUGUAGCUUUCAGGUUUUUUAUUAACACUUUUUACUAAUGCCCUGUGAUUAUAUACUCUGGAAUCAGUGCUAAUGAAGAGGAGUAUAGGAUUUUUACAAAAACUUUACAAAGAAAAAAUACAGUCUGAUAAUCUGAUUAUUUCAACAGAUGUAGUUUGUAAAACAGGUCAGAAGAACUAUACUUAUUUAUGUGGAGCGGAAUAAUAUGUGUUUUCAAUCAUGUUAUUAUAUGUACAAGAUGAAAAUAAAAAUUAUAUUGUUUUAAAUGGGACCAAUAUAAUGGCAGUUACACAGCUACUCCCAGUUUACUGAAAAAAAUCUACAUUAUUUAAAAUCUUCAAUAUUUAAGUAGUCUUUAAUACAGUUAUUAAGAUGUAUUAGGGGUGCUUUUAAGUUAAAAGAAAAAAGGAAUCAUGUAUAUAAUGUUCUUUAUUUUUACUUGUUUGAAAAAUUGUUCUUCAUUCUGUCAGUAUUACCUUAAGCACUGUAGUUAUUUCCAAGUUACUGGCUGAAACUAAUCAAAGCAUGUCAGCAGUCUCAGGACAGAAAUAAUGUUCUUUUGGAGUGAGUGCCUUAACAUGACCAGCCCUCCCUAACAUAGCAGGUGUGCAAGAAACUCCCCAUUCCUGUUCCUCCACAGCCUCUUUUAAACCAGCUCCCAGUCAAGGAACCCAGGAGCACUUUGCAGUAAUGUAUAUUUUAGAAAAUAAAGGUUUGGGGGUUUUAUUUGUGUUGUUGUUUGUUUUUUAGUGGGCUUAAUUUUAUUUUGUUAACAUCCAGAGCAACUCAAAAACUAAUGGAUGUUUUCAUUUGGACAUGAAGGCCUCUCUAAUUUUUCUAAUCUUCUCUUGAACACAAAACUGUUUAUGGCAAAUUGGUAGAUGCAGUUUGUUCUGAAUUUCAUUUCUUAAUUUUUUUAAUAUGUGUUUUCCUCUCUCACAGACUGACGUUAUUUUGGGGAAGGAACUUAUUUUUUAUUUUCUCUUUUUUAUUUCUCUUUUCUUUAUUUCUCUUUUUUUAUUUCCUCUGAUCUGCAGCAACGUGUUGCAGGGAACUAGGACAGCCUAUGGACUGCCAGCUUUGGCGUACAGAUUUGGUACUGGGUGUCCAUUCUGGCACGCAACCAGAUGAGCGGAUCUCUAUUUCAAUGCACUUUUUGUUAAUUUUGGAAAAGUUACUCUUACCAUUUGCUUUUUGAAGAAAAAAUUGAUGUUUCUUCUCUGAAUCCAGAAUUUCAAAUGAACGUAGUACUGUAAGAACCAUAGGAACCACACCCCCUGGGUUCUUUUUUACUUUACCCCAAAGUAAAAAAGGACCCGUAGAGUGAGUCCUGCCUGGGUCCCCAUCAGUUGUGUUCUGCAAAAUGGCCUGGGCAAGAUCCUGGCCCAUGCCUGCAGCCUCUGGCAACUUGACAGAUGCAGAGAAGGGUGUCCAAGGGCAUUUACACUGUGCACUAUUUUACACUGAAAUGUAUGUGUUAUUCUCACUUAAAACUUGAGAGACGUUUUUAUUAUUAAAAGUUGGUUUAUAUUAUAAGGAAAGAAGGUUGAUCUUAUUUUCUGUUAUACCUGCUGGUACUUUUGCCCUCCAUUCUGUUGAGCAGUUUUAAGUUCUGAUAUGCUUGUAUGGCAUGGGGAGCAGUCAGAACUUUAAGUGACAAGGGGAAAGAUGGGUUUGAUUUCAGCUCAAACUGACAGUGUGGAGCUGAACUCUUCCUGUUUGUGCAGUCCCCUAAAGCUGUGGGGGAGACCACAGACUCCUGUUAAGGUUGAAAAUAAAAAUGGUUUGAUGAUGUAAAAUUGUGGCGUUUGAACCAGUGCUGGGAAUUAACAGGUUCAAGUGGAAAAAGAAGAGGGCAAUGCAUGAACCAACUUGCAAGCAAAGAGAGAUUAGGUCUGCAGAAUUUCCAGGGCUAAAAGUGAAGAAUCAGGCCUGGCACAACAGAACAAGUGCAGAUUUUGUAGAUUUGGAAUAUCUCAUACAGUGGAAGUGUGGAAAAUGUGCAAAACAGUCAAGAUGGAGAACAUGGGAACUAUAGCAGCUUGAUGAUGAGGUGAGUAUGGUUGGGUGGCAGCUGUGAGUGGAAUUCCUUGCGAAUCUGUCCCAUAACUGAGUUUGCUGAACAUUAUCAUUAGCCCCUGAAGCACAUAUAUUGGCAGGCUGGGGUGAUGCUGAUUUGAGAGACACUAAUCUUGCAAAGGAUCUUGGUACACAUACAAAACAACGCUGAAGGACUUUGAACAGGCUGAAAUUAGUAGGAUUAGAUUUUUCCACACAAAUAUUAGUUCAUGCUGUUGAAGAUUGAACAAAAUAUUUUGUUAUAUUUCUUGUUAACUGAUAAUAAAAGGACCAUGUCAUAGAGUUUGUCACAAGAUGACACAGAGGCAAUUUGAUAGAAUCAUGAAAGCUCAAGCCUGGACUAGGAAACAGGUGGUCAGUUAUGAUGGAGAAGUAUUCAGGCCUCUCUGCUUUGUUCAAAUAAAUGAAAAUGCAUUAGCUAGGUAUUGAAGAAAACAGAUGGUUUAUAAGAAAAUAAUAAUGAGAAAGGUAAGGACAGUUCAAACUGCACAUAAAUACAGCCUGAAGGAGAAAAAGUGGUCAGGGCUAGAUAUUGGCUGAAAGUUUUCCUUCCAUCAGGCUUUGACAAAAAAAGAAAUAACUUGUGCGAAGCAUGUUGUAAAGGCUGAAGCAGUGCCUAGGGCAGCAGGAGAGCAUGCAAGCUCUCUUCACUUCUAAGAUGGGUUCUCUGAGGAGCUGAAAGGUGAGAGAGGUGAAAUUGGUAAGCGUAACACAUGUAGGCUGACUGUAUGUAGUCAACAUGCAGUACACUCCCUUAGGUGGAGUCCUGGUCACCCUUAAGUUUACAAAGCCUAUUAUUUGAGUGAGCAAAAUUGAGCAAUUGAAUUAGCUGCAGAAAAAAGUAGUAAAACCCAUGCGUAACAUUUGUCACUUAUUGCACAUGAUCAUUAUAAUAAUCUCAUCGGGGCUUAAGAUCUACUAUCGAAAAAAUUACUGAUAUAUUAAUGCAGCUUUUCUUAACAUAUCCUAUAGAACCAGUCAGCCAUUGGGUUUAAUUCUUACAACUUACAUAUCAAAAAGGUAGUUCUUUACCAAAGGAAUUUACAUCCAAAAAUCUGUCCCAAUUUUGGAGGGUGUUGUAACUCUCCCACUUCCUAACAAGGGAAGUUAGCAGGUACAGAGGGUCUAGACAGAAAACCUCCAAAAAAACCCCAGCCUUUCUGUUGCAAGGCUCUGGGUCCUGGAUCAAAUCCUUAACAGAUUGCUCAAACUCUGUCCAUUUCAAACUGGAUUAGAAAAAAUGCAAUAAACCUCCCGAUUCUUACCCUUCUAAAGUGUUCUCUGUCCUGUUCCAGCAUGUCUCAAUAAAGCUGUUUCUUUUCUUUAGGACACACUUUCUCCAGCUCUCUCACCCACUGGCAGCAGUGAAAGCAGAGAGCAGUGCCUCUGGCUGGUGUGAAGAGAAGAGAGUUACCACAAUUUUUCCAGUCAUCCUGGAGAAGCAAAAUUGCUGCUAAAUAGAGUUGCUUUCACUGAGCUGCCAAAGCUCCCUUGGAGCUCUUAAACAGCCCUUUCUGGUUGUCAUGAUUCACUGUUUGAAAAAUACUUCUUGCCAAAAUAAUGACUCACUUUGUAAAAUGUCAAUUAAUGCCUUGCAGAGUCUGCAAAAAAAAGGUGUGUUUUUAAAUGAAUUAGGAUUAAAAUUAGUAAUUAAUGUUUGAAUCAGUGAUUAUUUUCUUGAUCCUGCUUAAAAUUAAAUUUAGUUAUAAGCACUUUGAAGGCAAUGCAGAAAGAUGCAUUACUGUUUAACCAACUUUAAAUUACUUACCUAAUUACUUACAUGAGUGACAGUCUCAUCUUGAGAUAAUUAAAAAUAAUUAGUAUGGCUUUAUCACAGUUUUAAUGUGCAAAAAUGAAAUUCAUAUUAUUAGAGGUGCUUGAGUACUGGGGUUUUUGAUGGGAUUUAUCUGCAAAUUAUUGCAUGGAAGUUAAUGUGGCCAUCAGUUCUAUUUUUCAGGGAGCUUAUUAUACUUUUUGGAAAUAAUAAGGAAUUUUAGAGCUGGUACAACACAUGGUGUGUCUUUCUGCAAGAAAUUACAAACCUUGAGCCUUAUUUCUUCUGCCUGCUUGGGUGAAGAUUCAAUAAAUUCAGUGGAAUCAGUGUUACGGGGUUGAUUGCAAACCAGCAACAACCAACAGGUUUGAGCAGAGAAUGCAAACGCAACAGAAGUUUUCAACUUUUUAAGCAGUAGUUUAAAACUAUGAAGUAGGGAUAU